AUGUUGAGCGGCAAGCACCAUGUCCAGCGUGAAGAUGGCAAGAAGCUCCUGAAACAGCCCAAGAAGCAGGCCAAGGAGAUGGACAUGGAAGAUAAGGCUUUCAAGCAGAAACAAAAAGAGAAGCAGAAGAAACUCGAGGAGUUAAAAGUGAAGGCCUUGGGGAAGAGGCCCCUGGUCACAGGUGGAAUUAAGAAAUCUGGCAAAAAGUAAGCUAUUUCCUUGUGCCUGAGGAGACGGUUACCCUUCAUUUCAACCGCAAACAUCUGUAUUCCCUGCCAUAACAUCUUUUGCCACCGAUAGCUGGCAUUAAGUGUUAUUUUGGAGUUGCUAUACAUUUAAGAUAAACUUUUGUGGCCGGGCGCAGUGGCU